UCGUGAAGUCUGGGGUUGAGCGGGAGCAGUGUGAUUUCUGUAAGAAGAGUAAUUUAAGAAGGAGCCAUUUUUUAAACCCACCUUUUAUACAAAGAUGGAUUUUAAAGAAAUAGGGCACAUAUCUAGAGGAACUCUGGAGCUAGGAAAGAUGAGGAUUCAAUCCGAUGGGCUAAUCUUUAAAUCGUCAGAAAAGACACUAAAUGUUAAACACAGUGAAAUUGAUCUGGCGGAGUGGCUAAGGGUUGCCCGUGGCUACGAAUUGAAGGUUCUGUCUCGGGAAGGUCACGUUUUUAAAUUUAGCGGAUUCAAAGAAUCUGACUACGGAGAUUUGAGGGAUUUCUUUAAGCAGAAUUUUGGGAAGGAUUUAAAGCAGGUGGAACUGUGUGUAAAGGGGUGGAACUGGGGAGAACCUGUUUUUAAAGGUUCUCUUCUUACAUUUCUUGUUGAUAGCAAACCUGCCUUUGAGGUACCACUAGAGGAAGUAUCACGUGUCACAGCCGGAAAGAAUGAAGUCUCACUGGAGUUCCAUCAGAACGACACUGCAGCUGUGAGCUUAAUGGAGAUGAGGUUUCAUGUACCAACAACCGGCACUGAUGGAGAAGAAGACCCUGUACAGAGUUUUCAUGAUAAAGUACAGGCUAAAGCUGAUAUCUUACAAGCCACUGGUAAUGCGAUUGCUUCAUUCACAGAAAUGCACUGUCUCACCCCAAGAGGAAGGUACACCAUUAAAGUAUACCCCACCUUUCUUGGUGCCCAUGGGAAGACGUUUGAUUAUAAAAUCCCUUUCUCUUCCAUCACUCGACUCUUUAUGUUGCCACAUAAUGAUGGACGACAUUUAUUCCUAGUGCUGGGUUUAGAUCCACCUAUUAGACAGGGACAGACCAGAUAUCCGUUCUUCAUUCUACAGCUUGAGAACGAUGAGACUUGCGAACUAACACUAGCCAUGUCAGAAGAGGACUUGAAGGAGAAGUAUGGGGGGAAACUGACUCAGGAGAUGGAGGGUCCUUUAAUGGAAGUGUUUGCUCGUUUGAUGAAAGUGCUCGUUGGAAAGAAGCUAAUGGUUCCGGGCAGUUUUAAAAAUAACAACGGUCAGAAUGCUGUAGCCUGUUCUUGCAAGGCAACAGCUGGCUUUUUAUACCCUCUUGAAAAGGGAUUCAUGUUCGUUCACAAACCCGCCCUUUUUAUCAAAUUUGAAGAUAUUGCUAACGUCAACUUUGCUAGGAUGGCCUCUGGUGGGGUAUCGAGAUCUUUUGAUUUCGAUAUAGAGACUAGGGAAGGGGUCGUUCACCAUUUUAGCUCGUUAAUGAGAGAUGAUUACACAAGGCUGCAUGAGUUUGUUACUGAGAAACGACUCAAGAUUAAAGAUAAAGGCUCCGUAAGAAUAAAUAUUUAUCAGAAUAAAUGUACAUGUGUUUAUGGCUAUUCUUAGUUACUACUAUAGCUUCAGGGUUUCCAGACAUUUUGACAAAUACCAUUUUUUUUCAAAA